GCCUUUGCGCUUGAAGGUUUAUUAUCCGCCAAGUCGGAGGCCAUCCGUAUCUCACGCUCGCUGCCCUGAUCCUUGAUACUUUCUUCCAUUCCAGCCUCGCCCUCUCCUGCAAGCUAUCCUACGCCAACUAGGCACUCUUUGUCACACUUCAGUGCUCAAUCCGGCAAUCAACGACUCUUCGAGACCCUCGAUUCCAUCCCAAGCCGCCCUCGAGCGCGCGCCCACUCAGCAUGUGGGAAGUUAGCUGGACAGAUCCCCAGCGGGAGUCCAGAAAGGAGCAUCGCGAAAAAAAGGCUGUUCAACGACAUCAGAACAGGAAAAAGCCCCGAGCCGAUGGAGAUUCCGUUUUCUCAGGCCGCAAUACGUCGUUCGAUUCCCGAUCAUCCAGGCCCGACUUCUCAGACACCGGGAGUAUAGCCCAUAGUCCAGAAAGCACCCACGUACUUUCGCGCGGCCCCAGAUCCUACACCACGAAAGCACCUUCGGUCAUGAGUAGCGACAGGGAGACCGAUUCCCACUCGGCAGUCUCUGUUGGCUCCGAAGAAACGACACCCGAGCUGUCCUGCACUCCCGUCUCUACUUCCGAAGGCCCGUUUCCUCUAGACCACCCGGCAGAGUCUUCCCAAGCAUCGCUAGGUGUAUGGGAGAGAGGAUAUGCAUUGCCCAACUCAUCGAGGUGGCCGGACCACUUAGUGCCCCCCUCGCCGACCUUUACUUGGCAUUUCGAAGCAUCCCACCCUGCGGUCGACUGUGUGGAGUUCAAAUUCUGCCAAUACGCUCAGAGUCUCACUUCGAAUUCGUUCAUAACGAAGAGCACCGAAGUCACAGCUGCUACCCGGGCGGCGCACCCAGGCAUGAAAAUGGGUUCGGAGGUCACCAUCACCGCAAAUCGAAUCGACGAAAGUCAUCCCCGUCCGAGAUCCGCCGGAGCCCUAUCACCGAGCAGUAUAUUCUCAAUAAAAUCGUCCGAGCCAAAGUCCUUGAGGCGAGCUCCGUCUUGGCGGACUUCCUUCACUCCGAGGAAGUGGGAUCACUGGAGGCCACCGGAUACGUGGACUUGAGCUCCAUCAGUAAAGAUACGUCUUGAAACUGGAAAGGUUCCUGAGAACCUAUUCGGCUCG